AUGCCGAAGGACACGGUUGUGCAGAUCUUUUGGGACUACGAGAACAUCCGCUUUCCCUCGAAUUACGACGCUGCGCCCGCCUUGACGCGCUUGCGGGAUCUUGCACACUCGCAUGGGGUCCUUGCUCGAGCGGCAGUCUACGUCGAGACAGCUUUCGAGCGCGGAAACCGGAAGACAGAGCUUCGGCAUGUCCUCCAGUCGACGGGCUGGCACAUCAUUGAUGCCCCGCACGCGGGAAAGAAGGACGUAGUCGUUAAGAUGAUCAUGGUCGACAUGUGCGCUUUCGCAUUUCAGCAGAAGUCGCCCGUCGUCCUCCUCAUCACCGCCGACCGCGACUACGCCUACGCCUGCUCGACCUUGCGCAAUCACCGGUGCCGGGUCGUCCUCAUCACGACCGCAUCGGCAGGUCCCGUCCUCCGACAGACGGCGGACGAGGUCUUCGACUGGCACCGCGACAUCCUCCACGUCCCUCUCGUCCCUUCCGCCGCCGCAGCCCCAGCAGCGCCGGCGCCGACGCGCAAGCAGCCAGCCAGAGCUGCGGUAGCUCUCGCGCCUGCCGCAGCGAAGGAACCUGUCGCCGGUCCAAGUAAGGCGACCGCGCGCUCAAAGAAGGGUAAAGGCAGGAAGAAGGUGAAGACAAGCGGGUCGGACGUCAUGACGCUGUCAUCCGAGGAGGAGGAAGAGGAAGAAGAAGACCAGUCGCCGACGCCCAAGUCGAAGAAGGCGCUACCCAUUCUCGACCUUACCCUGUCUUCCACCUCCUCCCAACGUACUAGUAGCCGAGCUGGCGCCGCACCAACCUUCGUCUCGAACGACAAGCCCGGCGUCAAUCUCAACGCAGUUUCGUUCGGCGGACACGGCGCAGCUCUAGAGCUCCUGCCCUCUCCGCCGCCGAACGAAGCUCUCGUAUCCGAUAAAACAGCUCGCCCGAAGCCGGGCAAGAAGAGGCGGCGUAGCUCGGCGGGAGACGACGACGAUAUCGUCAUUGUGCAGUGA